AUGGCCAAACUCAACUCCUCCGCCGCCCCAGAGCUGAAAUCACAAAUCGACGCCCUGACAUCCGACCCGUCAGGUGCACCGGGGGUAGUCUUCGCAGCGGUGAACAAGAAUGGAGAGGUCCUCUUCGAACACGCCUCCGGAAAGACUGGCGCCGGUAGGUCUGAGGACAUGACGCUCGACAGCGUCUUCUGGAUCGCCAGCUGCACUAAGAUGAUCACUGGUAUUGCUGCCAUGCAGCUCGUCGAGCAGGGGAAGCUCGCGCUUGAUGAUGUCGAGCUGGUCGAGAAGUUGGCUCCGGAACUGAAGGCUGUGCAAGUUUGGGACAACGGAAAGCUGGUUCCGAAGAAAAAAGGCAUCACGUUAAGAAUGCUGCUAUCUCACACCGCUGGUUUUGGCUACUCCUUUUUCGACCAGCGCCUCGUCGACUGGGCUGGAGCGCAAGGGCUUGACGAAUUUUCCGGCUCCUUCCACGACUACCUCUCGCAGCCGUUGGUGAACCAGCCCGGCGAGGCAUGGGAAUACGGCAUCAACAUCGACUGGGCCGGGCAACUCGUCGAGCGCGCCUCAGGCCUUCGCCUCAACGACUAUUUCCAACAACAUAUCUUCCAACCCCUCGGCCUGAAGAACAUCAAUAUGUUCCCCCACGACGAGAUGAAGCGAAAUCUGGCGUUUAUGAACGCUCGCGCUCCCGAUGGUAGUCUGUCGCUCAACCUUGACGGACAUCUGAAUCGGAGACCUUUGUACGCCAAGGGUAAGGAGGAGAUUGAUGGUGUCUUCCAGCAGGGCGGGGCUGGCUGUUUCGCCAAACCCACAGAAUAUGUGCAGGUUAUCGCCGCAUUAUUGAACGAUGGUGUUCAUGCCCCCAGCGGCAAUAGAAUUUUGAAGAAGGAGACGGUCGAUUUGAUGUUCACAAACCAGAUUCCCGAGUUCCCUAAUUUCGCUCGCCAGGCCAUCGACCCACCAAAGAGACUUCUUUCCAACCCCUUACCUGAGCUUUACCCGGAGCCACAUGAUAUCCCACAAGGCUGGGGCUUGACGUUCUUCCUUCACUUGAAAGAUUCGGCCGUGCACAGCGAGGGAACAGGAUGGUGGGCGGGACUUCCGAACUUGUUCUGGUGGGCCGACAGGCAGAGGGGUGUCGGUGGUAUGAUUGCCUCGCAAAUCAUUCCUUUUGGUGAUCUCAAAAUCAUGGGCUUGUGGGGACAGCUCGAGGCCGGUAUUCUUCAGAACCUGCAGCAGUGA